AUGCAAUUCUCAGCUGCUCUCGUUAUGGUAUUUGCCACCUUCUCCAUUCCAUCUCUGGAGGUAUCGCCGGUAACGGUGAGGCUGAAGCCCUUGCUAAGUUGGACGUCGGAACCGACUUUGCUGCCGUUUCCAAGGAGGACAUCAAGUUCUUGAACGAUGUCAACGAUCUCGGUAACGCAGCCGAGAAGGAGGGUUUCAACCCAGCCCUUGAGGCCGCAACCGGCGAUGCUAAGAUUGCCGUUGGUGUAAGUAAAAAUUCUGCAAAAUUCUUUAUACGUUUGAUCUAAUUUUCUUCAUAGAACGGUAAAACCAAGAACAAGAUUCUCAAGCUCAUGGCCUCCGUUUUGGAGUUGAAGGCAGAGGGAGCUCAAGGCAAGGGCACCGCUGCAAAGCUCGCUGAAGAGCAGAAGAAGCUUGACAACAACAUUGCCAAGGACAAGGCGAAUGCCGGCCAACCAUCGACCGCCCUCAAGUUCGAGGGUACUGCCGGAGGAGCAACUAGUAGCACCAAGAAGAAUGGUGAUGAUGCUACCAAGACCGAGAAGCCAAAGGAGACAAAGGCUCCUAAGUCCACCGCAGCCCCCAAAGCUUAGGGGUGGAGUGAUUGAUGGAGUAGGAGUUGGAAACGCCAUCCACAUCAAAAAAAUGGCGAAAGCAUAAUUUGUUUCUUGGGGUUGAAAUUAUCUUGGGUGAUAGGAUUGUGUUAGAUCAAUUGGUCUCGCUAGAUAAUUUACUGUUUUUGGCGAAGUUCAAAAGGUUAUCGUGGACGGACAUGGGCCUCCAACUCUCAGGAUUAGCAAAGGAGAAUUUA